GUCGACAAUGAAAUCUGAAGUGAACAACGUAUGCAAUGUCAUGUGACCGAAGAGGAAUGCAUCGCAUUGAGCACUGCAACAACACGGUCCAAUCGGCCGAUGUUAUUCAGGAAGAUGACAGCGAGAAUACGCCGUUAUUGAGGGAUGGCCCCAGGACUCAGGCCUCCCCGGGGGCAUCUUUCGGUUCCUCUGUCUUCAACCUGAUGAAUGCCAUCAUGGGCAGUGGCAUCCUGGGUCUGGCCUAUGCUAUGGCUCACACGGGGAUCCUGGGCUUCUGUAUCUUGCUGGUGUUUGUCUCCAGUCUGGCUUCCUACUCCAUUCACCUGCUCCUUAAGAUGUGUGACCAGACACGUCUCUCCUCCUAUGAAGAUCUCGGGUUCUGUGCCUUCCAGAAGCCAGGCAGAGUUCUGGUUGCAGCCACGAUUCUGAUCCAGAAUGUUGGAGCCAUGUCCUCCUACCUGUUCAUCAUUAAAUCUGAAGUUCCUGCUGCCGUCACCGGCUUCCUGACCCCGGGGACCACUGAUCAUGCCUGGUACCUGGAUGGGAGGGUGUUGCUGCUCCUGGUCACCCUGUUUGUGGUGCUUCCUCUAGCCUUGCUGCCGAAAAUCGGAUUCCUGGGCUACACCAGCGGCCUGGCCUUCUUCCUCAUGGUCUUCUUCGCCAUUGUGGUUGUAAUAAAAAAAUGGAGCAUCCCCUGUCCCUUGCCUUGGAAUGAGACUCUAAGCUCUUCACAGUUCUCUAAUUCCUCUGCCUCCGACUGUGUUCCCAAACUCGUCGUCAUCUCCAGUAAGAGCGCCUAUGCAGUGCCAACCCUGGCGUUCUCCUUCCUUUGCCACACCGCAGUCCUGCCCAUCUACUCUGAGCUGCGCAGGCCCACCAAGAAGAGGAUGCAGAACGUAGCCAACGUGGGGAUCUCCCUGAGCCUGCUCGUCUACCUAAUCUCUGCCCUGUUUGGCUACCUCACAUUUUACGAGCACGUGGAGUCUGAGCUUCUGUUGGGUUACAGCACCUUCCUGCCGCGCGACGCACUGAUCAUGUCCGUGCGCCUGGGAGUCCUGCUGGCCGUGCUGCUGACCGUGCCUCUCAUCCACUUCCCCACCCGAAAGGCACUGAGGAUGCUGAUCCUGGGCGAGCAGGCCUUCUCGUGGCUCAGCCACGUCUUGCUGACCAUCCUGCUGCUCGCGCUGGUUCUGCUGUUGGCCGUCUUUGUUCCAGACAUCAGGAACGUGUUCGGGGUGGUGGGCUCCACCACAUCCACGUGUCUGCUGUUUGUGUACCCUGGCCUCUUCUACCUCCGGAUCAGCACCGAGCCGCUCAAGUCCCUACAGUCCAUAGGUGCUCUCCUUCUGGUCAUCGUUGGAAUGCUGGUGGGUGUGCUCAGCUUCUCCAUCAUUGUGGUCACCUGGGCCCUAAACCCCUAAGUGGGCUGAACUGCUACUAUGCCGGCACCAUGGGGGGGGGGGGGAGCUGGCAUGGAGGAAACAACCCAAGACACUCAGGAAACCACACCGAAGCAAAAAAGGAAUUUCAGGACUGGUUUGACUGUUCGGGCAGCUUUGACAUUCAUAAGGUGCUGUUUGGGUUUUGAUCAAGCCAAAGCUGGCGUCUUGUGUCUUUUGUAGUCACUGUGAUGAUUGUUUUUUUUUGUCUUUCUUAAGGGCGUCAUAUUUUAAAAGCAAAGGUUUACCCAGACAAUUGGGUGGUGAGUGCUGCAGGAAGUCAAUGAUGUGUUAUUAGAUCAAACGUUUCCCAGGUGAGUCAGCUGAGCGCAGGUAGAGUUUCAGCCCCGCGUCGCUUUUCGGGCCUCGCGCGGGCUCACGUUACGACCUUCAGUACCCUCCGCGCAAACUCCCACAAGCCCGCUCCGGGACCGAACUGCCAAAUGCAGCCAUCUGUGCAUUUCUACCUGCGAAUGUGUCUGUUAGACAGAAUCUGCCGGCUCGUGUUACGCGACUUGAUGACUUGACAUGGAGGACAUCGCAUACCUGGAAGGAGUUCUGACGAAAUGAAGUUCAGCUUUACCCGCUCUGGGUUUGCGGCGCUGCUCUGCCCAUCUGGCUGGUUUAGUUUUUCCUGCGAUGACCUGAGUAUCUUGCACAUGUAAUAUGUACGCAGGCUGGGUUUGCUGGGUUUGUGCUGCGCCGGCAGUGGAUCACUGAUUGGAGAUCAGUACGGGAUUUUAAUUAAAGGGACCGCAGUGAUGGAAGCA